AUGCAAUUUGAAGUAGCACUUGAAAAAUGUGGAAACAAUGGUUGGUAUUAAAUAAGAUUAUUCUUAAUUUCAUCACUUCUAACUUUUAUCUUAUCUGCUACAAUUAUGAGUGCAACAUAUAAUUAUAUUGUUCCAUAAUUAUAUUGUAAUGGUUAAGUAAUGUUAAAUUUUAUUCUUAAGCCUUGCACUGAGGAUUAAAAAACUUGUUCAGAGAAAAACUAUUAAAUAGAUCCUGAUUUUAAAUACAAGAAUAUAGUUACAGAGUUCAAUUUAUUUUGUGAAAAUAAAAAGUAUAUUAUGAUUGCAAGCACAAUUAACUUUUUAGGAGCAGUGAUUGGAGGUUCAAUCCUUAGCUAGGUUUCAGUAAUUUAAAUGAUGUAUAAAUUAUUAGGAUUAUUGGGGAAGAUAUAAGACUCUAUUAUUAUCUCUAAUUUUUACAAAUAUUGGAUUUAUUGGAAUCUAUUUAAGUGCAACCAUUGUAGAACUAAUUAUAUUUACUUUCAUAUUUGGAUUCUUUUAAGUUGGAGUCUAUAUCAUGAUCCCAGUCUUAAUUAAUGAAAUCAGCGGAUAUGACAUCAAAUAAAUAUAUUCAACUGGAACUUUAAUCUUUUGGUGUUUAGGGGAGAUUCUAAUGGCUAUUUCAUUUUUUGCUAUAACAAAUUGGAGAACCAUUCAAUUAAUUGUUAUUGUUAUUCCAGGCUUUAUUUCACUAAUUUUAACAUGUAUUUCGAUUCAAGAAAGUCCAAGAUAUCUGUAUUAAAUUAAAGAUUAUGAUAAAGUAAAAUAAUUUUAAAGUAUUAAUAGGCACUUAAUGUUUUUCGUUAUAUUGCUAGGGUAAAUGGAAAUGAAUUUGAUGAACAAGUAUUAGAACAUUCUUAAAUGAAUAGUGUUAGAACUAACUAUUCAAUAUUUGAUUUGUUCAAAUUAAGAUAAUUUGCAUCCUCUUCAGUUGGAUUUAUCUUAAUUUCUUAUGCUUUGCAUUUAAUAUAUUAUGGUGGUUAGUUUGUGUUAUAAGAUAUUUCUAUUGGAAACAUGAUAUAUAAAAUAGGAAUUCUUCUAGGAAUAAGUGAAUUAAUUGGUUAUUCUAUGAUCACUUAUAUGAUACCAAAAUUAUAAAGAAAAUAUAAUCAAAUAUUUUUCUUUUCAAUCUAAAUUCUAGGAUGUUUAUCAUUUUUAUUUUAUGGAAUUUCUUAAUAUAAACUUGAAUGCUAAAGUUGUUUUGAAGAAAUAGUUGUGAUUUUACUAGUAAUAUUAUAUUAUUAUUUAGUGUUGCUUGAUAAGAUUUUUUAAUAGUUUUGGAUUUGGUCUUUUACGAUAGCAUACACUUGAAAUUUAUCCAACUUCAAUAAGAGGUACAGGUUCUGGAUUUCUAUUUACUCUUGGAAUCUUAGGAUCAUUUUCAUCAUCAUAUAUGAUUGCUUUGGCUAAUUAUUUUGAAUUCAAUUAAGUAGCCUUUUUAGGUAUAUGUUCAAUUUCUGGAAUAAUUGGAGCCAUUUUAACUAAAGAGACAUAUCAAAAAAAGUUGAUUGAUGAUGUAGAUGAAUCAAUAAGGGAAACAUAUUUGGAUGAUGGAAUGCUUAAAUCAAAUUGA